CCUUUCCUUCGCUCACUGCCGGCAACAUUUACUGGGCGGCUCGUUCCGUCCAUGCGAGGGACGCGAUAACGAACCCCGAGGCCCCUUCUCUUGCUACCGGGCGCUCCGGGACCCUUGCCCACAUCCCUGCGAACGCCAGCCCUUCCCCUGCUCUGGGGAAGGGCCCUUCCCAUCUGACUGCGGCGCGGGUCACAGGGGAGGAGCCAGCGGCUGCGCCUCGCCCCGCCCCCACAAGAGCAGGGGCGGUGACGUCAGCGGUCACAUGACGGGACAACAGCUGCUUCUCGACGCGCCCGCCCCCGCGCGGGGGGAGGAGGGACACAUCCGGGACUUCCGCCCGGAGCAGCUGCUGCGAUCCCCGCCCCCGCGCGGCCAAAGCGGGGGUGGGCGCCUCCCCAGGCGCCAGGGGCUUAGCGCAGCCGCGCGGGGCAUCCCAGCAGGGCUCCCCUCCCUCCGGCCAGCCUGUGCCGGGGCGUCCCAGGCGUCCCAAGCGGGGGCGUUCAGCCCCGCCAGCCAUAGCCAAUCGAUCCUCAUUCUUAGCCCCAGCCGCGCCUGCGCGCCGCGCUCUGGGGGGUGGCCCAGGCCUGUCGGUGCUGCCCGGCUCGGCUCGGAUUCGUCGGGUCUGGCGCCGCGCGCCCGCUUCAAACCGUCGCCGCGGCCUAUGAGUUGGGCGGGUUCGGCGCUGCGGCGCCUGCUGCUGCUCCUGCCGUCUCUGUCCCUGCCCCUAGUGGCGGCGCCCACAGAUGAAAACUGUAUCUAUUUGAAGGAAACAGAAAUGCUCCACAAAGUAAAUGCACACUGUUACUGUUACAUGCAAAAUAGAAGAAUGGAUUUAAAAUAUAUUUGGUCAACUAUUCAGGUGAAAAUUAACAGCACAGAAAUGUUCCAGUUUGUGCCUAUUUCAGAGGAAAGCAAUUGUCAAAAUUCAGAAAAUGUUUUUGCAUUUGCCAAGUGUGUUGUUCAGAGCUUCUGGCAAUCAGAGACAUUUAAAGAAACCAACAUAAACAUAAACCAGUAUGGAGAAAAAAUGUGUUUCAGAAUUCAGCCUCUCAAGAACACAUCCUAUGCUGUGAGUGUAGAACGAAAUAUGGUGGAUAAGAAGCUUUUCUUGUUGUUUGUAGCUGGUGUUUUUCUGUUCCAUUUUGCAAACACUUUGAGUAGAAGUGCUGUGUUUUAUUACUCGGCUGGAGUGGUACUGGGUAUCCUUGCUACACUAGUCUUUCUCCUGUUAACAUUGAAAAGAUUUAUUCCAAAGCACAGCACCUUUUGGAUUUUAAUGAGUGGAUGCUGGAUGUCCUCUCUCUAUUUUAUUUACUAUUUGCAAGAGGGAAUGAAGUGGCUGUGGUCUGAAUAUAGAAUCUAUCUACUAGGAUACUUUUUUACUGUUGGCUUUAUCAGCUUUGCUGUUUGCUACAAGCAUGGACCACUCACCAAUGAACGAAGCAUAACCCUGUUGACAUGGACUUUACAAAUGAUAGCCUUCCUCUUGAUUUAUUUUAGUGUCACUAUCCCUGAGGUUGCAUAUGCAAUAAUAGCUGUCAUCCUCUGCUCCAAAGGCCUGCAUUAUCCUGUUGGUGUGAUCUGUUAUGUGGGCAGGAAAAUCAAGAAUCUUUUAAAAUCAAGAAAGUCAGUGUUUCGGUAUCUUACUGAAGAAGAAUACAGGGAACAAGGGGAAACAGAGACUGUGAAAGCCUUGGAGGAGCUACGCUUGCUCUGCAGGGAUCCAGAUUUCCCAUCCUGGCUAGCAGUGUCCAAGCUCCACUCCCCUCAUAAGUUUGCAAACUUUGUUCUGGGAUCUCCCCACGUGUCACCUGCAGAAUUGAAGGCACAUGAUGAGCAGUAUGGUCUUGGGGGGUCUUUCUUGGAACAGCAACUCUUCAGUACCAGGACAGAGUCAGAGCAGGACCACUCAGCUACUCCCACAGAGGACGAGGAUGAAAUUCAGGAGCAAAACAGAAGUGAAAAUGUUGCAUUUUCCUACAAUGAUGAAUUAUUCUGAACCACUUGGAAAAUCUGCUGCAAGAGAGGAUAAUUAAAUUCAAGGCGGUCUAGACUGAGUGCUUGCUCCUGGGAAGCUCUGCUUCUUACUGAACAGUAGGGGGCAACCAAGAUUCUUUGACAGUCAUUACUGAGGCCGUUACUACACUUAUAAGCAAAAGCAAUGCUUAUGUUUUUGCUAUAUUGUUAACUUUAGUCUGCAUAUUCUCUGAACAGGUGCAACACAGGCUGCAGCAAUGCAGACACUUCACUGCAGUGCCUUGACUCCCCUGAAGAGAUUACCCCUGGAGGAGGCAAUCUUUUUGGACAACAGAUCAUCUUAGCAUGUGGCCCCUCUGCUGAGAACAGGACAAAAGAAGAAAUUAUUAGUAAUGCACUUUUACAAAGUACCCUAUGUGCUAACGAAUUCACUUGAAAUCCAUUCUAGAUGUACUGAUAAAAAAUAUUUUUUCACAUACUUUUCUGCUAAUGAAGUAUGGAGAUUAAAAGCAAAAUUAGAGAGUGGCAGCUUCAUAAGCCUUUUCUCACUGUUCUGACCAGGCCUGAUCUCUCCCUGGCUUCAUCUGCCCUUCCAUGCAACUUAAAAGCUCUUCUUUCUUUUCAAGAGCCCUGCACUUCUUGGCUCCUCCCACCUUCCCUGCUUUCAUCACUCCAUUUCCUUUCUCUUUUAACCAAGCUACACACCUGAGUCCCAUGCCUCUGUUUCCUUUCCCAGACACAUGCAACCUCUUUCAUGCAGCCCAGUAAUGCUGAGCACUCUGGCUGACCCAGGUUCUUUCUGUAAGAGCUGCAAAGGAUAAAAGUUACACAGUACUUUUAACUAUUCCUUUUGGUCUCUGUGUUCCUGGCUUCUCACAGAGUAUCUCUCUCAUACAUAGCAUAUGCUAUUUUAAGCUGCUCUAACAAGGAUGGGUGGGGGAGACGCUAGAGCCACACAAAGCACUCACAGAUGGUGUUGGUAUUGCAGCAGUACACCUGGGUUACAAAGCUCAUUUCAUGAGUUGGGAGAAACAAUGUUCCAAAUAGAACAAGCAGGGAAGAAAUGCUUGGGGGAUCCUCCUGGAGAACCCAUCCCUCCUUAUUUUUUAGAUUCAUAGAUGUUAGGGUCAGAAGGGACCUCAAUAGAUCUUCGAGUCCGACCCCCUGCAU